CGAGUCGAGUUGUACCCGGACAAAUUAGCUUGAACAAUUUGUUUGUUUUCCUUGUACUGAAGAGGUUUCGAAAUGACUCCUCUACUUUGGUAAAGGAAAAAUAGGCAUUCACAGUAAUUUAUUUAUUUUUUAUUUCAUACAGCGAACGAUAUAAGAAAGUAUAUAGAUAUUUGUGGAUUUUCCUUUCGUAAAAAUGAACGCGGACAAUGCGCAGCCCGUGGUGUCAGUCGCUGCGUCUAUGAGCUCCUCAUCCGCGAGCAGUGCGACGGUGAGCAGUGGCGGCAGCAGCAGCAGCAGUAGUAGCAGCACCUCCAGUAGCAGCGUCGUCUCUACCACAUCUGUUACAGCACCAGCAGUGACGCCAGCUGCUGCUCCUCCAUCUGAAACAUCUGUUUCCAACGGGGUUUACAUGCCGCCUGGUAUCACCAAUGGAGAUAUGAAGCCUGUCAUUUCUACAACACCUUUAGUAGAUUUUCUUAUGCAGCUAGAAGACUACACACCAACAAUCCCUGAUGCUGUGACGGGAUACUAUUUGAACCGGGCAGGAUUUGAAGCAUCUGACCCCAGAAUCAUUCGUUUAAUUUCCCUUGCUGCCCAGAAGUUCAUCUCUGACAUUGCAAACGAUGCCUUGCAGCACUGUAAAAUGAAAGGAACAGCUUCAGGAAGCUCCAGAAAUAAAACAAAGGAUAAAAAGUACACACUGACAAUGGAAGACCUGAGUCCAGCACUUGCUGAAUACGGCAUUAAUGUCAAGAAACCUCAUUACUUUACGUGAGGUUGGAAUGAUGGAAAAAGCAAGGUAUCAAGCUUCACCAAGCCAACAUAUUUUAUGCAGACAAAUUAAUUUUUUUUUUUUUUUAAUUUGUUGAGUUUCUUUGUUAAACUGCUUGUAAAAAUUAAAGUUGGGAAAACAAUUAAAA